AUGGGCGCAGUGAAACGAAAGGCAGAGCAGCCGAGCGCGCCUGCAAAGAAAGAAAAGGGCGCGUCAGGUGACCGUUCAGCAAAGCGCCCCAAGUCAGACGCGACGUCUGAGCACUCCGCUGCGAAGCCAAAGGCGGAAGCACCCAAGAGCGUCUUCAAAGACGAGGAAAAGGUCUUCCCCAGAGGCGGCGCGAGUGUGUUGACGCCUCUCGAGCACAAGCAGAUCCAGAUCAGAGCGAACCAGGAUGUGUUGUUUGAACAGGCUGGGAUCAAGCGCACAAGCGGCGGCGACGAUGACUUUAGCGAUAUGGGAUCAGAGGACGACAACGAGGCUGCCAAACAAUCUGCUAAGAAGAAGACCUUCAAGAAGAGCAAGAAGUCGCAGGAGGACGGCGAUAAGGAACCCACCAUUCGCGCUGAGGGUCUGAGCUACAAGCGAUUGACGCCUGGCACCAUGGUUCUCGGUCUGGUCACCGAGGUUACCCAGCAAGACAUCGUACUCGCACUCCCAAACAACCUUGUUGGCUAUGUUCCUCUUACGGCAAUAUCUGAUAAGCUCAACGAACGCCUUGAGCAGCUCAUGAAGGACGACACAGACAAGGAGGAUGGAAGCGACGACGGAAACUUUGAAGAUGUAGAUCUCCAGGACAUGUUCUCUGUUGGCCAGUAUCUUAGGGCGUGUAUCACUUCCACGAAUGAAGAGACCGCAAGAGCUAGGAAGAGGCUGGAACUGUCAAUUGACCCCAAGCUGGUCAACAAGGGUCUUACCAAGCGCAAAUUACCCGUCAACAGCAUGAUGCAGGCCUCUGUCGUUAGCAAUGAAGACCACGGUCUUGUCAUGGAUCUGGGACUGGGAGACACCAAAGUCAAGGGCUUUCUGCCCAAGGGCGAGCUAGGUCCAAAGGUUCAGCAUGCGAAAGUCCAAGAAGGCGCCGUCUUCAUGUGUUUAGCUACUGGUACCAACCCUGAUGGACGCAUUGUCAAGCUAUCGGCGGAUCAUGCCAAAGCAGGAAACCUAGCCAAGGGCAAUACCCUCAUCGAUGCGCCUACAAUCGAUGUCUUCCUGCCUGGUACUGCUGUCGACGUGCUGAUCACUGAUUCGACGUCAAGCACGAUCACAGGCAAGAUUUUAGGGUUGAUUGACUGCACUGCGGAUGCCUAUCACUCUGGAGCCACCGAAAGGGGUGCUGAUGUCUCGCAAAAGUACAAGCUUGGCUCCAAGGUCAAGGGGCGGAUUCUGUUCACAUGCCCCGACUCAGAGCCUAGGAAAGUCGGCGUAUCGCUUCUUGACCACGUAGUGUCGCUGUCUACUCGUAUGUCAGGUAAGCCAAAAGAGCGCAAGCCCCCACUGGAACUGUUACCGGUAUCAACCAUCAUCGAGAAUGCCAAGGUGGUCAAGGUUGCACCCGCACUUGGUGCAUUCUUUGAUCUUGGUGUUCGAGAUGUUGUGGGAUUUUCCCAUAUUUCACGGCUUGCGGACGAGAAGGUCGAAUUUCUCUCCGAGGAUUCGGGUGCCUUCAAACUGGGAUCUACGCAUAAAGCUCGCAUUAUCGGUUACAACGACAUGGAUGGGCUUUUCCAGCUGUCCUUGGAGCAGAAGAUCCUCGACCAGCCUUUCCUUCGCAUUGAAGACAUCAAGGCUGGUCAGGUAGUCAAGGGAAAAGUGCAUAAGCUCAUUGCCGAUAAAAAGGGCGCUACCGCUGUGCUCGUUCACCUAGCGGACGGCAUCACCGGUCUGGUCUCAGAACUUCAUCUCGCAGACGUACGCCUGCAACAUCCCGAGCGAAAAUUCCGAGAAGGCGUACCGGUCAAGGCCAGAGUUCUGUACACUGAGCCUGCUAGACACCAGAUCCACCUUACGCUAAAGAAAACUCUGGUCAACUCCGACAUCAACCCCUGGACCGACUACAAUAUGAUCAAGGAAGGCGCCGCCGGUCCUGGAAUCAUAGCAAACGUGCGACGAAACGGCGCAACAGUACGAUUUUACGGUACUGUGAAGGCGUGGCUACCAGUUGCAGAAAUGAGUGAGGCAUUCAUCGAGGAUGCAACAAAACACUUCUCUGCCGGCCAGGUAGUCAAUGUCCGUGCCAUUUCUGUUAAUCCCGAGGAGCGUCAACUACUUGUCUCAUGCAAGGAUCCUGCAGCAAUCGAUACCAACAAAGAAGCUGCCUUCAACGCGCUUAACCCUGGCGCCAUUGUCAAGGGGACUGUUCUUGAGAAGACGGACGAGGCAGUAACUCUGGAUCUUGGUAACGGUGUAAAGGGACUUCUUCGUAUUGGUCACUUGACAGACGGAUCCGAGAAAAAGGACAUAUCCACCAUGAAGAAGAUUCGUGUUGGUGGGGUCUUGGAGGACCUCGUGGUUCUGGCCAAGCAUGUCAAGUCGAAGACUGUUACGGUAUCCAACAAGCCCACCCUCCGAAAGGACGCCCAAGCUUCGAAACUUGCUAUCAGUGUAGAGGACUUGCAGGCUGGUGAGACCGUGCAUGGCUUCGUUCGCGGCAUAUUGCCUGACAAGGUCUUCAUCGAACUUGGCAAUGGGAUUAGUGGCCCAGUCUUCAAGUCACAACUAACCGAGGAGAUGCUUUCUGCGCCAAACUUCGGUCUCCGCAAAGAUCAAUCCGUUACAGUUCGCGUAUCGCACGUGGAUCCUGCCAAAGGUUUCUUCUGGCUGUCCAUGAAACUCGAGGCCAACGCCGACGAGGUGGCCCCCAAAACGACCGAUAACGCAGGGCAACCGCUGGAGGAGCCUGUCGAUCCGGCUAUCAUGUCGACCAGCGACAUCAAGUAUGGCACACCUGUCAACGUUCGAAUUCGGUCAGUGAAAGGCACACAAGUCAAUGUUGAACUUGCAAAGAAUGUGCAGGGUCGGAUCUCGGUCUCAGAAUUGUUCGACUCAUGGGACGACAUACCAGACAAGAAGCGACCCACAGCACACUUCAAGAUGAAUGAGACGAUGCAAGCCAAGGUUCUGGGUCGCCAUGACGCUCGUAAUCACCGCUUCUUACCCAUCACACAUCGUACAAGCAACAAGAUUCCAAUGUACGAACUGUCUGCGAAGAAGAACUUCCCCACAGAGGUAGAUAUCUUGUCUCUUGACAAGAUUGCGCCCGGGUCAUCACACGUCGCCUUUGUCAAUAACAUCGCGGACCGUUAUGUCUGGGUGAACAUUUCAGCCAACGUCCGUGGCCGUAUUGACUUUUUCGAUCUCACCGACGAUCUUGAGCAGCUUUCAUCUGUCGAGGAGAACUUCCCUGUAGGCUCUGCUCUCAAGGUCACUGUAAAGACUGUUGAUGUGGCCGCCGGACGCUUAGACCUUACCGCAGCAUCAACGGUGACUGGGAAGGCCCUCACGCUUCAGGAUCUCAAAGUGGGAUAUGUGCUUCCUGCACGUGUCACAAAGCUGCACGAUGCAUCAAUCGUCGUACAGAUAAACGAAACGAUCGCCGCUCCUAUCUUCCUUGAGCAAUUGGCGGACGACUACGACAAAGCCAAGCCAUCCGAGUUCAAAGUUGGCGAUAUUCUGAGGGUCUGCAUUAUUGACAUUGAUUUGCCCAACAAGAAACUCAGUCUCUCCGCAAGACCAUCAAGAGUGCUGAGCUCUACUCUGCCAAUCAAAGAUCCUGAGAUCAAGGACCGGGCUCAGCUCAAGGUCAACGAUGUUGUCCGUGGCUUCAUCAAGCACGUUGCCGAUAACGGCGUCUACGUCCGUCUCGGUCCGCACGUUGAAGCAUAUGUCCGUGUCAGUCACCUUUCUGACGCGUAUAUCAAGGAUUGGAAGUCCGCAUUCCACGUCGAUCAGUUGGUUACUGGAAAGGUCAUCUCCAACAAGCCAGAUCAGCGUAAUCCCCAGUUGAGCUUGAAAACUUCGAUUAUCCAGGCCGACUACAGUGAGCCAAUCGAAUUCAGCAAUUUGAAAGCUGGUCAAAUUGUGACGGCCACUGUUCGACAUGUGGAAGACUUCGGUGUUUUCUUGGUCGUUGCCAACUCCAAUAACGUCAGUGGAUUGUGCCAUGUCAGUCAAUUAGCUGACACUCCUGUCGAUAAGGAGAAGGUCAAGGAGAUGUACAAGAAAGGCGACGCCGUGAAGGCCAAGGUCCUCAAGGUCGAUUCUAACACUCGCAAAAUCAGUUUCACGCUGAAGUACUCUCAAGUCAAGGGCAAGGAUGACAGCGAUGAGGACAUGGCAGACGCAUCAGAUGAUGAGCUGGUAGAUGAUGCGGAGUCUGAGGAAGAUUUGGAAGAGGACGAUAUCGACAUGAGGAGCGUUAAGAGCGCUGAGAGCGGCGACGACAUCGACCUCAACAAUGACGAUGACUCAGAAGACGAGUCGGACGCAGCCGUCAAGUCUGUAGCUCCUGGUCUUAGCACAUCUGGCUUCGACUGGACUGGUGCCACCCUUGACUUUGGCAAGCAAAACGGUGCGCAAGAGUCUGAUUCGGACGACGGCACGAGCAAGAAGAAGAACAAAAAGUCUAAAAAGGCUACUAUCAAGGAGGACCGGACCGGUGAUCUCGACGCUUUUGGUCCACAGUCGAUAGCUGACUACGAACGCCUUCUUCUUGGACAACCAAACAGUGCUGAGCUUUGGGUGCGCUAUAUGGUCUUCCAACGUGAGCUUGGUGAGAUUGAAAAAGCGCGCCAGAUUGCUCGACGCGCGCUUGCUACUAUCAACCCGCGGGAAGAGAAGGAGAAGCUUGAUGUCUGGACUGCCCUAUUGCAUCUCGAGAACGACUUUGCGACGGAUGAUGCUAUGGAACAGAUCUUCAAGGAGGCCUGUCAACACAACGACUCUCGUGAGGUGCAUGAACGUAUGAUUAAGAUCUACAUAUCUUCUGGCAAGCUCGAAAAAGCAGACAGUCUCUACCAAUUGAUGGUGAAGAACAAAUCUUUCACACCCGACCCGCAAUUCUGGCUCUCGUACGCUGCUUUCCUCAUGGACGUCCUUUCCCCACCAUCACCAACCCGCGCACGUGCUCUCCUACAACGCGCCACCCAAUCCGUCCCAUCACGCGAACACCGCUACCUCACGCAAAAGUUCGCUGCGCUCGAAUUCAAGAGCCCUAAUGGUGAUGCGGAGCGGGGUCGCACGAUCUUCGAAGGUUUGGUCAGCACCUACCCCAAGAAGGGCGACGUUUGGGACAUGUAUCUGAGUCUGGAGAUGAGCCAUGGUAGCUCAGAGAAUGUUCGCAAUCUGUUCGAGCGCAUGGCCAAGACGACGAAGAAGAAGCGGGCACAGACUGUAUUUGCAAAGUGGGCAGUUUGGGAGGCUGGUGUUGGUAAUAAGAAAGGAGUCGAGAGGGUGAAGGCGCUGGAGGAGCAGUGGCGGGAAGCUAGAGCAAAUAAGGAGGAUGAUGAAGAGUAG